AUGACAAACACUCGUCAACAAGAAAUGGAGAGAUUUGAGAAAACCCUAAAAGAGCAUGGGCAGUGGAUUCAAAAUUCACAGGCAAUUCAUGAAGAUAAUCAAGCUGCAAUAGCUCAAUUGAAUCUACAAUUGCAAUCAAUGUUUGAAAACUUGAAGAACCAAUUGGAUGAAUUCCAAGGUAGAACCAUUCAAAAUUCAGUUCAAGAACCUCGAUUAGCAAGAUUGGGCCGUUUGGAUUUUCCAAAGUUUAAUGGUGAAGAUGUCGAUGGAUGGAUAUACAAAUGUAAUCACUUUUUUCUGGUAGAUAAGACCCCGGAACAAUCAAAGGUACAAUUUGCAAUAGUGAAUUUGGAAGGAUUGGCUUUAAGAUGGCAUCAAGGGUUCGUUGCAAGUCAAGAUAGGCCAAUAGAAGCGAUUCCUUGGGCUGAUUAUGUUAGAUCUAUUACAGCAAGAUUCUCUGAUAAUUUGUGGGAAGAUGCAAUGGAAGAGAUCAAAAAUUUGCAGCAAACGGGUUCAUUAAGUGAUUACUGUAAUGCUUUUGACAAUUUGAUGACAAAAGUGGUAUUAUCUAAAGAAUAUACGGCUAGCUUGUUUGUGGGAGGUUUAAAACCAGAGAUAAGGUGUUUAGUUAAGGUUUUUAGACCAAGAACCUUAAGGGAGGCAUAUGCUAUGGCAAAACAGCAGGAUAAUGUUCAUACAACUUUGUUUGGAACCAAGAAGGUUGGGUCUUCUUUAAGUAGUCAUUCUGCUAAUACAAGCAGUUUUACACCAAGAAAUUCCACUGUAAGUGCUACACUGCCUACUCCUCCAAAUAAGUCAUUAAAAACUGUUAGAAGGUUAUCCACUAAAGAAGCAGAUGAAAAAAGGGCUAGGGGAGAGUGUUUCUUUUGCCCUGAAAAAUACUCUGCUACUCACAAGUGUAAAAAUAGGCAGUUAUUUGUUAUUGAAAUUUUAGAUGAUGAUAACUGUGAAGGGGAUGAGGAACAAGUGGAAAUAGUAGAUGUUGAACGACAGCAGUUAGAAAGUGUUAUACGACCUCAUAUUUCAAUUCAUGCUAUCAGUGGAAUCCCUUCUUAUUCCACUAUGAGGGUCAUAGGUUACAUUGGCACUAGGAAACUGCACAUCUUGAUAGAUUCUGGGUCAACACAUAACUUCAUUAAUGAGAGAUUAUCCAUAAAGUUGCAGGGCAGCACCUGUGCAGUACCUUCUAUGAGGGUAACAGUAGCUAAUGGUCACCCCAUCUGUUGUGGGCAAAUCUGUAAGAAAUUUAAGUGGAUGAUGCAGGGUAGUUGGUUUGAAGCUGACAUGUAUUUGAUUCCUUUGGAAAGCUAUGACAUGGUCUUAGGCAUACAAUGGUUAUCAGCAUUGGGAGAUAUUGUGUGGAAUUUUAAAAACUUAGGCAUGGAAUUCCAGUUUAAUGGUAUUAAACAGGUCUUGAAAGGGAUAACCAAUAGUGGAGUGAGUCUAUGUUCUGUAGAGAAAAUGGAUCAAAUGUUGGGCCAUCCUGAUCAAUUGAUUGAAUCUCAAAUGUUCAGCCUCCAGUUGUUAACUGUUGAAGGCCAAUCUGUGCAUAGUUCUCAGGUGUCUAAUGUAAUUGUUGACCCUAGGAUUGCUAAGUUGCUAAAGCAAUUUGAGGAUGUUUUUCAAGAGCCUAAAUCAUUACCUCCAACUAGGGAUUGUACCAUACAAUUCUUUUGA